AACUACAACUUGAAAUUAAAUGUUUACAUUCACUUACCGUUAAUUCUUAAUUAAAUAGUCAAGCUAGCUACGACUGAAGGAUGUCAAGCUAACUCGGGCUUCCUAGCCAGCGCUACGAUAGCUUUAGAGUAUCUGGCCUUGCCCGCCGAGCCAGCAAGUGUAAUGUUACAGAGCCUUUCUUAAAGCUCAUACCGACGGUAUUCACUUUUUUAAAACGGCGUUUUCCAUCUAUCGUUCUUUAUGGGGAAACAAAUCGGCUAACAAGUAUAGAAAGCGAGUCUUUGGGUUGUCCGAAACUAACGCUAAAUGACAGCUGUUAAGACAGUAGCAACUUAGCAACUAGCUAUCAUUAACCUAAGCUAAAAAAGGAAGAUAACAAACCAACAUCACCCCAGACUGUUCGUUCCUGCUGUCAGUGUAAUUCCGGGUUGCCCGCUAAGCUGUGGCCCUGCAUCAUGGAGAGCGUCCAAAGUGUCACUGAAGGCUGACCAGAAGGAAUGAGGCACUCCAGGAGAUGUUCCCAAGUGGCCUUGUGGAUGCAGUAGUUGCGUUUCCGAGUGCUUUUUUAUGACUAGUGUUGCAUGUGUGUCUUUGGACACAUCCUAACAUCACCUGCCUAUUUGUCAGGCGGGGACAUGAUGCUCUGAGACUGGAGUGGAGAAACGCACAACAAAGAAGCCCCUCUGGUAAACGAAGAAAAAGGGAAAAAGCUGUCCAAUAGACACACGGGUCCAUUCGGCUGCAGUUUUGGCUCAUUUAAGUGUCUUCUGAACCGCUUCGCAUUUUAACAGCAACACCUUUCCUCUGUCCUGUGAGGCGUCCCCCCCCCCCCCCCCCCCUCCCUAAAACAGUCUCCAUUGUCAUUGGAGUUUCUAUGGUUUGCAUGGCUGGAAAAUAACCGUGGAGAGGCCAGGGUAUCACAAGCUUAUGGAUUUUGACAAGAGAGGGGGCAAGGGAGAGACAGAGGAAGGGAAAAAGAUGUCUAAGACAACAAGCAGCAGGCCUGGACAUGGGGGCAGGAGUACAGGGAGCAAUUCUGGAGUUCUUAUGGUUGGUCCAAACUUCCGCGUGGGUAAAAAAAUUGGCUGUGGAAACUUUGGAGAACUGCGGCUGGGAAAAAAUCUCUAUACUAACGAAUAUGUGGCCAUUAAGUUGGAACCUAUAAAAUCCAGGGCGCCGCAGCUCCAUUUGGAGUAUAGAUUUUACAAACAGUUGGGGAAUUCAGAGGGAAUCCCUCAGGUGUACUACUUUGGUCCUUGUGGGAAAUACAAUGCCAUGGUGCUGGAGCUGCUUGGGCCCAGUCUAGAGGACCUGUUUGACCUCUGUGACCGCACCUUCUCCCUCAAGACCGUCCUCAUGAUAGCCAUACAGCUGAUAACACGGAUGGAGUAUGUCCACACCAAGAGUCUGAUCUACAGAGACGUGAAGCCUGAAAACUUUCUUGUUGGGCGGCCAGGAAGCAAGAGGCAGCACACCAUCCACAUCAUUGACUUUGGUCUGGCCAAAGAAUACAUAGACCCCGAGACCAAAAAACACAUCCCCUAUCGGGAGCACAAGAGUCUGACUGGGACGGCACGCUACAUGAGCAUUAACACACACCUGGGAAAGGAACAAAGCAGAAGGGACGAUUUGGAGGCCUUGGGUCACAUGUUCAUGUACUUCCUUCGAGGCAGCCUUCCCUGGCAAGGCCUAAAGGCCGACACCCUGAAGGAGAGGUAUCAGAAAAUUGGAGACACCAAGCGAGCAACGCCGAUUGAAGUCCUUUGUGAAAGUUUCCCUGAAGAGAUGGCCACCUACCUGCGCUAUGUGAGGAGGCUGGAUUUCUUUGAGAAGCCGGAUUACGAUUACUUGAGGAAGCUCUUCACCGAUCUGUUUGAUAGGAAUGGCUACGUCUUCGACUACGAAUACGACUGGGUCGGCAAAUCGCUCCCCACACCGAUAGGCCCCAUCCCCAGUGACACGCCCGUGCAGCCCAACAGCAGAGACAAAGCACAACAGCAGACCAAAAACCCGUCGCCUGAGCCCAAAGGAAGUGAGUCUCAGCCCACUCCCGUGACCAAUAAGGAGACUCUGGGGUCGCACCUCACAGCUGAGCGGCUGGGGGGCUCUGUUCAGGUGAUGAGCUCAACAAAUGGCGAGCUGAACACUGAUGAUCCCACAGCCGGACACUCCAACGCUCCCAUCACCGCUCCCACCGAGGUUGACGUACCUGAUGAAACCAAGUGCUGUUGCUUCUUCAAAAGGAGAAAGAGGAAAGCGCUCCAGAGGCACAAGUGAAAGAAGAGAACAGAGAGAACUUGAAACAUUGUGGUCACGGUCAAGUUUUAAAUGGAAGCAACUACACAGACCCCCCCACCGCCCAUUAUCUCUCUCCAGCUACCCCCCCCCCCCCCCCCCACCACCUCCUUACUCCUUUCACCUCAUUCCCCGCUGUCACAUGUACCUCCCCGCUUGAGUUCUCUCUCUCUCUCUCUCGAUCCCAGCGAGUGACAGGAACGUUGCAGUCACAGCGACUCCACAGACUUUCAAUUCCUUUACAGAUGAAAAAUAAACAAACCUGCAUCACCACGUGAGGGGGAGGGGCUCGAGAAAAACGUUUAAAGAAAACAAACAAAAAAAAGCUGUAACAAUGAAACUCGAAUACCGUGGCGUGAAUAUGAAAAAAGAUGCUGUUUGAAACAGCUGUUGUAUUCUAGAUUCCAUAAAGAACGUGUGUUGUUCGAACAGUCAGCUGUUGAUCAGGGGAAACCAUUCAAGUGGUUCGAGUGCAAGAAAUCUGCUCCUUUAUUAGGAAAAUGUUAAUUUUAUUUUCUUUGGUGUGUCUUUUUUGGGAUCAAGGUGAAAGAGGAAAAGGUGAACUAUGCUGAUGUUAAAUCUGAGCGACACAGGAAGCGUUUCAUCUAUAAAUCAGUCUGGAGGAUUUUUAUGCAUUUUUUCUUCCUCUUUUUGUUUUUUGUUUCUUUUGUAAGUGAAUCCUCAGUUUUCAAAGUCAAAUCCCUGCAUUGAAAACUUAUUUUUAUGUUGUAGUGUUCUGGAGUUCAAUUCUUUCCUCACUCUGGCUUCCUUCUAUUUUGUUUCGUCUGUCGACGCGGACUUUGUAGCACAGUCACUGGCCUCAGGUACUGUGGAAGAAUGAGAGGAACCGAUAUUAAGCUCUCUUAUUAUUAUUGCACUUUUUGGAGGAAAAAACAAUUACAGUGGAAAACUUUAGGUUUGAAAUUAACAAUUAAGGAAACAACUUAAUAAAGACUGAUCUAGGAAGAGUCCUUCAUGAUGCUUAUAUUUGAGUUAUGGCUGAAAAAUGUUGUCGAUUCUCAUGAAAGAAAAGGACAUGUCUUUUUUUGAUUUUUAUUUCUUACAUCAAAAAUAAUUUACCAGGAAAUCAUAGUUUGUGCCUUUCUAAGUAAAAUGUUUAAAGCUCAA